AUGAACACGGAUGGAAUGGAUCGAUCACGAUCUACGGAGUCGUUUCCUGGAAGCUAUGCUUCCAAGCAUUCUAUCGAUAACAACGACAACUCCAUGGCUGCAUCCUCGUCAAAUCUGGCUGGUGUCGGCAUCUUCUUUCAACAAGACAGCGACUCCAAUGAAGUCUUCGUGAAGACCAUUGUGAAAGGAGGCUCCGCCGAUCGCAGCGGAGUGAUUCGAAUGGGAGAUGUUGUGGUGAGGGUGGAUCAUGACAAUGUGGAGGGCCAGCCGCUUGCGAUCCUGCGCACAGGAAUACUUGGCACACAGGACGAGAUCGAUCGGCUGAAACGGCAGAACUCCCACUUGGAGACGCAGAAGGCGCAUGAUGCUGCGGAGCUGCUCCGGUACCGGCAACACAUGGACCAGCAGCGGAAGGAUUUCGAUCAGAAGUACCUAGACAUGAACGAUCUGAUGGCUCGCAAGGAUGAAGAGAUCGCACGUCUGAAACAAGAACUCAACUCCACUGGUGAUUCCCGAAGGGAAGCCACCGCCAUUAGGAACGACCUCUUGAAACUCAAGGAAUCCUACAAAGACGACGCGAGGAAAGCUGAAGAGAAGGAGAAUCUCCGUAUGCAGUACAUUGAAGAUCUCAAAAAGAAGCUGCGUAACGAGCGCCGAAUGCGCGAGGACGCAGAGCUGCGAGAGAACAGGCUGGUGGAAGACAUGCGGAGGAAGAUGGAAGAUGACAAGUCUCGCAAGCUGAAGGAGCAGGAGGCAAGAAGCAAGUUUGACAACGAAAGGAAGCGUGUGCAGGAGGCCCUCAAGCUGAACGAGACCAUCGCACAGAAGCUCAAGGAGGUCGAGCCGAGCAUGACGCAGCUCCACAUGCAGCUGUACGUCCCUGAGAAAGGCACCUCUCCCUCCCCCUCCAACAAGAUCUCCACGCAGUCCAACUUGAUUCCAGCAACAUCCAAAGACGACGAAGAGUCUUUCUUCAUGGGAUGA